GCGCCUGCCGGAAGUGGUCGGGGAGGGAGUGGAGACAGUGUGGCUCCUUCCGCUGCUGCCCUAGAUCCCUGUUAUGCCCAUUGACUAGCAGCGGCGGCGGCGGGAUGUUCGCGCCGGGGGCGGAAAACUUCCUGCGGCAGGCCAGGGAGAUCCAGGAUGAAGAACUGAGGAAGUUUAGUUCCCGAAUCACAAGCCUUCUCCAGAAUCACGACUUGGGAAAUGAUACCAUUGACUGUUUGCAGAGACUUUUCCUUAUUGUUUCAGCCACAAAAUAUGUCCGGAAGUUGGAUGGCAAAUUUGUAGAGCUGUUGCAGAAAGUACUGUGUUUGCCCAAGUGUCCUGAGCAGAUUCAGGCUCUGUGUGCUGCCAUCUUGAGAGAGAUGUCACCCAGCAAUUAUCUGAUCCUAUCCUGCGAUGAAAUCCAGGAGGCAAAGCUCUUGAGUCUAGUAUCCUCCGUCCUCUUGGCUCAGGGACAUAAAAAGGCUGAGGUGUUAGCAGUGGGACAGCGUGUUGUAAAAGUCCUAGAAGGGCGACUGCCUGAGGGUCAGAGUUCACGGCACCUUCUUCCUCUACUCUCCAAGAUCAUCAGUCUAUCGCCAGCAAGCCUAACUGAAGAUCAGACCAAUCUGGUCAAUAAAAGGAUGGUGGACUGGCUGAGAUACGCAAGCGUUCAGCAAGGAGUUGCACAGCCCUCUGGAGGCUUCUUCUCUAAUCCCAGAGCAAGGCAGCCUGGCCCUAUCACAGAGGUGGAUGGUGCAGUUGCCACAGACUUCUUCACGGUGCUCUCAAUUGGUCAAUAUUACACAGAGGACCAGUGGCUCAAUAUGCAGGCCUUUUCCAUGCUGCGCAAGUGGCUGCUGUGCUAUGGGAGCGAGGGGGCAAACAGCCCUAAUUCAGAUGACAAAUCAGAGGUAGAUGGGUCUAUCAUGUCCAUGGUCUCUGCUACCUCCACCUCCAGUCGCCUGCUUCCCCCGAAGGAGCGUCUAAGAGAGAAGGCUUUUGAAUACUGCCAGCGGCUUAUCGAGCAAAGCAACCGGCGGGCCCUGAAGAAACCAGAUGGGGACCUGCAAAAAGCUUGUCUCGUCGAGGCUGUCACUAUCCUGGAUAUUAUCUGCAGGCAGGACUCCUCCUAUGUGUACCGGACUCUCUCCUGCCUGAAGAUCUUGCAUGGCAGAAUCAGUGGGGACCUUGCUUGUGCCAGGGCAUUGCUGCCCAUUGCUCAGUUCUUCCUGAACCACAGUGAGACUGCAGCGGUGGAUUCAGAGGCAGUUUAUGAGCACUUGUUCACCAGGAUUCCUGCUCAACUCUUCCACAGCCCAAUGCUGGCCUUUGAGUUUAUCCAGUUCUGCAGGGACAACAUCCAAUUCUUCACAGAGAACCUCAGCAUCUUCAGACGGAGCUUCCCAAACCUCUUCAAGCUCCUAGCAUGGAAUAGCCCAGCCUUGAUCUCUGAGUUCAUGGAUCUUCUGCCAGCUCUGCUUGGUGCAGACACAGCCAUCGAGAUCUUUCACUUGCUGCUUGACCUGCCAUGUUUGGCGGCUGCUCUGGACAUCCAGCUGAGAUCUGCCUCUGCUCCCAUCUCGGAGAGAGCCACCUGGGAUCCUGCUGCCAAGCCAGCCAGCUGCCUGGAGGCCUUCCGCCACCCACUCUACAGAAGCACCUUUCAGUAUCUCCUGCGCAUUGAGACUGCCCCCAGAGACUCCCCUGAGCGGUUGGCUCCUCUUCGCCAGCUGCUGGGGUCCAUGGCCAGCUGUCCCCGGGUCGUGCAGUGUGCAGACACCAUCCCUGUCUUACUGAAGCUCUACUUCAGUGUGGUGGCAGAGUUUGCAGACGGCCCCCUGAUAAACCAGCUGGUGUUGGUGCUGCUGGAGAGGAGUGAGCAGCUCUACGAGAUCCCGGCGUUUAAGGUCGAUGUCCAUAGAGUGCUGAGCUCCCAGCUGGUGCUUCUGUGUAAGCUGCACCCCUCCCUGGUAGUGGAACUGUCCAAGGAGCUUCUGGAGUUUUCAGGAACUGUCAGCAACAUCUGGAACAAAGAGGAUAUCUUCACCUGUGUGGUCUGGGCUAUUGGAGAGUACAUGUCUGUCUCAUAUGACAAAAGGUGCACCGUGGAGCAGAUCAACAAGUUCUUCGAAGCCCUGGAGGCCAUGCUGUUUGAAAUCACGCAACUGCGGCCCUCGGCCAGCAUCCCCAAGUAUUCGCCACGUGUCAUCACGGUUCUCAUGACAACGCUGACCAAACUGGCAUCUCGCAGCCAAGAUCUGAUCCCCAGGAUGUCCCUGUUCCUGUCCAAGAUGAGAGCGUUUGUUCAGAGCCCUGCCAUGGCCUCGGUGUACAGUGAGGAAGACAAUGAGGAGAUCCUGACCCGGGCUGCUGAGCUGAUGAACCUGUUGAAAAUGCCCAGUGUGGCUCAGUUUGUACUGACGCCAUCAGCAGAGGUUGCCAGCCCACGGUUUCACCGAGACACUAACGUGUCCCUGCCUCUCGCCAUGAAGACGGCCAGCCGGCUUUUAGAAAGGGGGACUGGCUUUGUGCCAGGGUGAGGUGUUGGCAUUUCUGAGUGUACACUGACUGACGAGACCUGGCUGGCUCUGUGCUGUAUUUUGACUAACCUGCUGCUGCUGACUCUGCUUAAUGAAAUAUGGGGAAGGUGGAGGGAUGAGGCUCUGCUCCAAGCUGCACUUUCCUGGAAAUGGGCAAUAAAUGACGGAAGAGAGGAAUAACCAGA